AUGGAUGCUUUCGAGGAGAAUCGUGAUGGACGUAGAAGAAUUGCAACUACGCCAAGAAAUCCUUGGGAAGGCGUUAGGAUAGUUAAAGAGCUGCAGUUGGUUGGAGAGUUUGGUCUGAGAAACAAGACAGAGUUGUGGACGCAUCUAACAAUGGUGAAAUCCCACAAGUCCCAGGCCAAGAAGUUAUUGAUUACCACCAACAAGGAAGAGUUUAUGACGGAGGGAAGGGCUCUGUUGAAUUAUCUCUACAAGAUGGGAAUUAUUUCAGGUGUCGAUUACAAUGACGAGGCAGAUAUUUCAAGAUGCUUAAAAGAAGUUCUGAAUCUCGAUUUGAGUCACUAUCUCAACCGACGUCUGCAAUCACUUGUGUUUAAGGCAGGACUUGCAACGAAUAUUCAUCAUGCGAGAUGCCUGAUUGUGCAGAAGCAGAUUACAGUAAUGGGACGUGUUGUUAACAAACCA